CACGGAGUGAAAGAGGAACGGGGAAAAGAGAAAGGACGAUAAGGAAGGAGGAUAAGGAAUUGGCAAAGGGAGAGGCAGAAAGAAAAGAUUAAAAGAUACUGAUCUCUCCUCGACGUCAUCAUGUCAAUCCAACCCUUCUCCAUCUUGUUGAUCUUCUUAGCGAUUCUCGGCGACCUGGCCAUCGGUAGCGCCGAGAGACUGAGCGGAUUAUACGUGGACAACGGCUUCGAUCAGACGGUGGUUCACCGUGUGGUCAGCCAGCGUGAGAAACGCGAGGUGGAACACGAGAUUCUGAAUCUGCUGGGACUCCCGGAUCGUCCGCGGAGCGCCAUCGGCAGGCCCCCCCAAGUCAAGAGGUCGGCGCCCAAGUUCCUGCUGGACAUCUACAAAAACGCCCUUGGCGAGGACGAGGAGGAGAAGCCCGUGGCGCGCAGUCACAAGGCCGGGGAGUUUGACCUUAGCGGUCAGGAUCUGAAGGCGAUCGAUCAGAGCGAUGUCAUCAUGACUUUUGCGGCCCAGCAUCGUCACGCCGGGGUGAGACACGAACGUGGGAAGAGGCUCUGGUUCGACGUGUCCGAAGUACCACCUGAAGAAUACAUGAUCGGCGCUGAGCUCAGGCUGUAUCACAGUGCGCACACGAGGAGUCAGAGGAGGCAUGGCUCUCACACGAUCACGGUGUACCGAGUGUUGAAUGCUGGAAACGGAACUCAGGAAUUACAGUACAUUGAUGCCGUAAAUGUUACGGACCGCAAGGAAGGCUGGCUGACAUUGAACAUCAGCGAAGCUCUUAAUCACUGGGUGAACAACCCGAACGGAAAUGAAGGGCUGUAUCUCUCUGUGCAUCCUACUGAUCGUUUAGCGCACGAAGUGAGACCAGAGGAUGUCGGGAUUGUAGUAUUCCGGGGUGAUCCAGAUAAACAACCCUUUAUAACGGGCUACUUCAAGAGUUCGGGAGUAAGGGAGUCCAAGGUCCGAAAGAAGCGCGACGCCAAAAGGAAGAAGAAGAGUGAGACCAAUAGUUGGGAUUACCAACGGACUAAUCCUUACACUGAUCCUGGAGCGCAAUAUUCACGAACCUGCAAGAUACAAACAUUAUAUGUCAGCUUCCGCGAUUUGCAGUGGCAGGAUUGGAUUAUCGCACCGGACGGGUAUGAUGCGUAUUACUGCAGCGGCGAGUGCAACUUUCCGUUGAACGCUCAUAUGAACGCGACGAAUCACGCGAUAGUCCAGACUCUAGUGCACUUGGUGAGCCCGGGCAAGGUACCCAAGCCGUGCUGCGCGCCCACUAAGCUUUCGGCCAUUUCCGUCUUAUAUUUCUUAGAUGAGAGCAAUGUCAUCUUGAAAAAGUAUAAGAACAUGGUCGUUAAGAGUUGCGGCUGUCAUUAGAUUGUUCUUCCCCUCCAACUGACGAUAAAAUUGAAAAUAAAAAUAAAACAGCACUCAUUGAUGCAGAGGCCAGCUAAACUAAGAGAGAAUAAUUGAAUGCAGGCUUGCUGCAACAAGUGGAUCACAUCGCUACUCAUAUUUUGUAAUAACGGAGAAAAUGAAGUUUGAACUUAAAAUAAUAAAUUUAUUUUUUCUUCAUUUCUAUGAAAUGUUAUAAAAUGUUGGAUUAUUUCAUUGUUCACUGUUGCGGCAAGCCCCAAGUCAAUCUGAUAAUCGAAUAAACAAUAUUUCUUCAUUACUUUCGGAAUUCAAUUGUUCGGAUUUGUUUCUUGAGAUCUUCUGAAGUCUAAAGAUACGAUAAGAUACUUUGGAUAACCAGAAGAAACAUGAAGGUGUGACGUUAAAGGGAAUAUCCGAUCUCCUGCAAAAAAAAUGAAUGAGUAUUUACGAAUGAUAUGAAAAAAAUAUUAUUUUUGUGUGCUGGUAUUACAAUCUUAUCAAUUUUGUAUAAAUCAACGCCUCAAUAGAUUGUUGUUUAAUCGUUAUAUACAGGGUCCCAUUAAAACACAAUAAAAUUUCAACAAUAUUAAGGGAGAGAUUUUUGAGAUUUUGAGAACAAAAAUCCUAAUACCAAAAUAUUGAAGUUAAAAUAAAUUUUGUGCUGUAAGUAUUUUAAGUUAACGAAUCAGGCUACCUAAAAUUUACGCGCUCAGAUGUACAAUGUUAAAAAUUCUCUCUCUCUCUUUGUUAAAUCGCUUAUAAUGUUCUAGUUAUCAAGAUAAAAUUUACGUGUAUAUGCAAAAAUAAUGAGAUGGUUAUUAUGAUUUUCUUUUAUUGUACUUUUCACUUGAAGUUCGUUUCCUUUGAUCAAAUGUUUCACAUCUUAGAUAUCUCUAUAUCAUUCGAUUGGCAUUGUUGAUAUUGCUCUAGAGCUGUAUAAUAUUAUGUCAUAAUACACAUAUAAUAUAUACACAUGUACAUAUUACAAGCAGAGUUGGGAAGUAACGCGUUACUUGUUUGUAACGUUGUUUCCGUUUUCGUUACUUUUUUCUAUCUGUAACGAUAGCGGUAAUCGUCAUUACAUUUUUACUGUAACGGUAACGAAUUUGUCGUUACUUUUAUCGUUUUUUAUACUUUUAUUUUCUUAUUUUAAUCAUAUAUUUUUAAUUUAUUUUUUGAAAAAUAUUUUGUACCUUAUAUCUCUUAGGCUACAUUUCAAUAGUCACAGUACUGAAAAUUUAUAAUUCACAUUCCAUACACUAUAUAAAUUUUAGUACUAUUAGUGAAUAUUGGAAUGCACUCUUAAUAAUGAACAAGAAAAAUAACGGUAACUGUAACGCGUUAUUUUUUUAAGGUAACGUUCCCAACCCUGACUAUAAGCAAUAUUGAUGAAUUUAAUUAAAGGGCCUGCGAAAUUACGGUUCUUGAAAAAUACGAGUAGCAGAGUAGUGACUACCUAACGCAUAAUUUUGGUCACCAAAUCCGCCAACGAAAAAUGUCCGUCACAACAGGUGUUUUUAAAUGUGGGCAAAAAAAAACAGUGAUUUUUGCCAUUUUCAAGGCGUUACUGUGAUUGACCAAAUUAUAUUUUUAAUAUUGUCCCAACUAAUCGAAGCAUCGAUACUUUGAAUAUAUUAUACUUUAUAAUUCACCGAGUGCCUAUUUUUCACUACUUCGACAGAGCAUAGCCUCAUCGUCGAUAAGUUUUCAUCUUGAAAUCUUCAUAACUCGGCGAAAAAGAAUACAGGAAUAAACCAAGUCACUAUUUAGAGGUAAGAGGUAGCGCUUUAUGAUUCCUCUGAGAGAACAUUAAAAAUAUAAUUAUUAAAUAUAUAUAUUAUAUAUAUAUUAAUCAACCACAGCACCUUGAAAAUGACAAAAAUCACUGUUCUUGCCUCAUAUUACCGAAUGUAUUGGACAUUUCUCGCUAACGGAUUCGGAUUCGGCCACCAAAAUUACGUAGAAAGUUACUAUUCUGCUAUUUGUUUCUUUCAAGGCUCUUAAUUUCGCAGGCCUGUGGUAUCAUCAUAUAUAUAUCUAGAUGCAUAUCUGAGAAAUGUGUCUGAGAAAAUCGACUUCAUGUAGGAAGGCAUCAAUGGCAUUUUUUGUAUGUACACCUAAGUGCGUGCAAACCUUAUACGACCUAAUUUGGUAAUGUUAAAUGCUUACGACUCAAAAACUAUUAUAGGCUCAAUUUCAUAUUUUUGGGUUCUCUCGAUUAUUAGGAUUCUCUCGAAAUAAUCAGAAAUCUGCUCUUAAAUUGUUUCGUUUUUUUUUUCUUUUACGAAUCACCCUGUAUGCGUAACUUUAUUUCAGUAACAUAAAGAAUUAAUCAUAAGGAUUUUAGUAUACCGAAUGAUCGAAUCAGUCAGAUAAUUUUAGAAUAAUUAAGACACGCGAUAAAUAAAAAUCUUUCGAUUUCACAAUUUUUUUAAAUGGUUUGAGUCUAAUAAUUACAUUAUAUCGAUGAUAUACGCCACUCCGUAGCUUUUUUUCAUCGCAGGUACAAUCGAAUAUUUGUAUUAUGAAAUCGUUAGAAAAAUAUUGUAACAUUCAAACAAUAUUCUUAUUGUGAAAUUUUCUGUUGCCAUUCUUAUUUCAGUAGCACAAAAUAUUGUGGCAUGCUUUUUUUCUCGCUCACUUUCUAACACGUGGUCAUCCCAUGGCAAACGUGAAUAUUAUUAUAAGAGAGCAGCGCAACAGAGGAAAAUCACUUUACGGGCAGUCAGCUAAUUCACUAUACACAAUAAGAUAUUUCGCUAUAUGGAUAUUUAAUCGUAAUUAUGAGCUUACAGAUGUCAAACUUCGCAAAAAUACAGAAAUAAUAUAAAAGAAAGAAGCUGCUUCCGAUGGAUAAACCGAUUUAAUCCUCGACAGACAAUCAGUACUUUCUUGGUGGUACCAACGAUUACCAAAUAGUUUUUGUAUUUAUAGCGUAAGUUGUGAGCGCGUAGGUGUAUUCAAACGUAAGUGGCGUAAGUUAUUAAUGACGAAGCUCGUUAGCGCGCAUUAGUCACGUAUUAGAAGCAUGUAUAAAAGCGGACAAUUAUUAGGUAUACAUACUCAUGUUUAAUCGUAAGUUUUGUAUAUCGUCAUUGUAAAUACACUCUUGUAUAUACUUCCUAUGUUUCUGUACUUCAUAUUCAAUGCAUAAACACAAAUAAAUUUUAGAAAUGCAGGAACAA